UCCGGCUCGGGUCCUUGGGCACAGGCGCUCCCUGGCUAUGUCCGAGAGCUCGUGUGGCCCGGGGUCUGAGGCCUGUCCUGGCCGCAGGAGCACUGACUGCGCAGCUGGGCCCACCGCGCAGCCAGGACCGGGGGAGGGGCACUCGGCCACCUGGGACAGAGCCGCCCCGGUUUCCUGGCCCAGACCUGACACCGUGGGCCCCCACCCCCCGCAGUGUUCCCGGGUUUGGGGCUGGUAGACCGGCAGGCGUGAGGCAGGGGCGCUGGCUGGUCCUGCGGGGUCUUCCCUGUGGCCAGGAGUCCGGGGAGGGGAUAAGCCUCCAUGGGUCUUGGGUAAGGGCCCCCCCCACCAGCAGCACCCAGCCCCUGACCUUCGCCCCCCCCAAAUGCUCCCAGCUUGCGGUGAGUACCAGGUCUCAGGUUCUGGCCUCCCCGCCCAAGAGCCCCAGGCUGUGCCCACCCGCCAAAGUGCUUCUGUCUCGGGAAGCUGGACCCAGAGCGGCUGCCAGCCCCUGGCGACCAACUGCUAGUCAGCUCUGCUCACCCAUUGGCUCCUUGGUGGGGCAAUUCCGAGUCGGGUGGGGCUGGGGCGGGGUCCGGUCUGGUCAGCAUCCCUGCCCAAGCACUGGGCCUGGGGCUGCCCACAUGGGCGGGGCCACACCGGGCUGGCCCUUGCAGACCGGGGAGGGCUGUUGCGAGGCCAGUGGGGCAGCGCAGCAGAGGUUUCUGGGAAGAGGCCAGUGUGGGCAUGGGCCUGGGCGCUGGGGCCCAUUGAGGAGGAGCAGGGAGGAAGUGGAGGCUGAUACGUCCCCACCCUGCUAGCCUGCCGGAGGUACCUACACCCGUCACCCCUAGCCUGGUGCUCAGACCACAUGUGGUGGCCGUGUCCCUGAGGUGCCUCCCCCGUGAGCCCCUCUUUGGGGCAGACCCUGUGGAAUGAGGGAUAAAGGCAUUUGGCUGGUGCACCCUCUCCCACCCCCGAGAGACCCCUGCCCUGCGGCGAUGCGGUCCUAUGCACUGGGACUCUGUACCCCCAUCUUGGGCUGUAGAUGGGAAGGGCGGAGAGCCUGGGGAGAGGAGGAGGCGGGGGGGAGGGGGGGUGGGGCUGGGCCGAGGCAGUGACGUCUUGAGGAAAGGGGCCUUCAUAAGCCCCGGCCCCUCGUGGCUGCAGCGGGACCAGAGUGGAUGUGAGUGCACAGGGACCGACCGAGCGAUGCCACCCGCACCCAGGAGGAGGUUGGUGACUCACCUGUGGUCCUGGGGGCUGAGGGGAUGAGGAGGGCCACCGGCGGUCUGCUGGGUCUGUGAUGUGAGGACGAUCUUGCCUUUUCAACAAGUCCUGGGGCAGGGAGGGCAGACUGUCCAGAGGGUUCCUGUUCACAGCCGUGACCUCUGUGCUCCUGGAAGGAGUCCCUCUGGGUCCGGUCAGCCUUCCCCGGGGGCGGAGGGGUCUGGCUUCAGGAUGUGGAUCAGGCAGGUCCCGGGACCUGGAGCGUCCAGAUAGCCCGUGCGUGGCCCUCUGGCCCUCCGCGGCCCCGAGGACGCCCAUAAGCUGGGCAGUUCCAUGAGAUGGUCCUGGCUCCCACCUCCCCUGGGUGUGUCUGGACUGGCGGGGGUCCUGAGGUUCUGUGCUGUGUGUCCCCUCUGCACUGUCAGCAGAGGCAGUCCCCAGGCUGUGUGCAGCCGCGGAUGGGAUGGCGGCCCCUCCCCACCUCCAAGGACCUGUACUUCCUGCUGAGAAGCUGGUCCUGGGGCUGGCCGAGGGGCCCUACGAGAUCCUAGGGGCUGUGCUCAGUCUGGGGCCCCAGUCCCCACCCUGACACCAUAGGCUGCCCCCACCUGGCCUCAGCUCCCUCCCCAGGCCCCUUGGCCCUGGGAGCAGUCUGUUCUAAUGACGAGAGAGGGACCGGGCCAGCAGUCAGGACCCAGGCCCCCCUGUGAGGGUGUCCUGGGGGUGGAAGGUAGGAGCAGAGGCUGUGACGGCCAGAUGCAUCUGGGGGCGGGUUGGGGAAGGGCGGCUGACCUCUCCACAAAGGUCAUGCAGGGCACCGGUCUGCUGUGGGCAGGGUGUGGGCGGUUGUGGGGUGUAGGACUCCCCAGAUCACUGCACUUGGGGUGCUCAGGAGUGAUUGGACGGACGGAAGAUGGUCCACGACCUUGUCUCCCACAGGCGGUGCGCCACGAGUGCCCUUGUGUGCCCCCACCUCGGGGUCUGCCUCUGGCUGUGGCUGGGUGUUGCCGUGGGACUCGGCCAGAGACGAGAGAGCGGCCGCCUGAGGCUGGCGGUGCUGCCUGAGGACCGGCUGCAGAUGAAGUGGUCGGAGUCGGAGGGGAGCAGCCUUGGCUACCUGGUGCAGGUGAAGCCCAUGGCAGGGGACGCGGAGCAGGAUGUGAUGCUGACCACGAAGGCCCCCAAGGCCACGGUGGGGGGCCUGAGCCCCUCCAAGGGCUACACCGCGCAGAUCUUCCGGCUUACUGGCUCAGGGACCACCCUGCUGGCACAGAGGGAGUUUGUGAUAGAGGAGCUGAAGAGGCCCCUGAGGGCAGCCCCGGAGCCCACGCCCUCCCACGUGGGGAGCCCAGCCCCGGAGCCCCCAGUGGCCUCAUCCCCGAGCCAAGACCCGCCCACUCUUGGCGGCUCCCGGUGGGAUGAGGGACUGCUCGGUGAGGAGCAGCGCCCGCCCAGGGGCCCCGGGGGCAAGGCCCCUUCUCAGCCCACCAAAGACCUGGAGAGGCAGAGCUACCCCAGGGCCCCCGAGGGAAAGACCGAGAAGCCAGCCAGCCCCCAGUUCCGCUGCACACCCCCUACACCUGUGGACAUGAUCUUCCUGGUGGACGGGUCCUGGAGUAUCGGCCACAGCCACUUCCAGCAGGUCAAAGAUUUCCUGGCCAGCGUCAUCGAGCCCUUUGACAUCGGGCCGGAUAAAGUCCAAGUCGGCCUGACUCAGUACAGUGGAGACCCCCAGACUGAGUGGGAUCUCAGCACCUUCGGCGCCAAGGAGGACGUGCUUGCCGCUGUCCGCAGCCUCCGCUACAAAGGGGGAAACACGUUCACAGGCCUGGCCCUGUCACACGUACUGGAGCAGAACCUGCGGCCGGGGGCGGGGCCCCGUCCAGAGGCGGCCACGGUGGUGAUUCUGGUGACGGAUGGCAAGUCACAAGAUGAUGCCCGUGCCGCUGGCCGUGCUCUCAAGGACCUGGGUGUUGACAUCUUUGCUGUGGGCGUGAAGAACGCGGACGAGGCCGAGUUACAGCUCCUGGCGUCCCGGCCGCUGGACAUCACGGUCCACAACGUGCAGGACUUUCCCCAGCUGGGCACCUUGGCCGGCUUGCUCAGCCGCCUCAUCUGCCAGGAGGUCCAGGGCAGGAGCAGGGCCCCGGUUACAUCGACAGCGGGCAGCCCCUCCUCCCCGGACACCCUCUUCACUCCCACCGGCCUGGUCGUGACCCAGGUGACCUCCUCCAGCGUCCACCUGUCCUGGACUCCAGCCCCCCAGCUGCCCCUCAAGUAUCGGAUCGUGUGGCAGCCUUCCAGGGGUGGCGCCCCCAGGGAGGUUGUGGUGGAGGGGCCCGCCUCGUCCACGGAGCUUCACAACCUGACGGCUGGCACGCAGUACUUGGUGUCUGUGCUCCCUGUCCUCCGGGCUGGGUUCGGAGAGGGCCUGAGGCGCCUCGUGACCACAGCGCCUCUGCCUCCGCCCCAGGCGCUGGCCCUGGCCGCAGUGACACCCAGGACCAUCCGCCUCACCUGGCAGCCGUCGGCCGGGGCCACACGGUACCUGGUGCGGUGCCUGUCGGCCUCCGCCAAGGGCCAAGAGGAGGGGAGAGAGGUGCGGGUGGGGCAGCCCGAGGUGCUGCUGGACGGCCUGGAGCCCGGCAGGGACUAUGAUGUCUGGGUACAGAGCCUGCAAGGGGCCGAGGCCAGUGAGGCUCGGGGUAUCCGCGCCAGGACCUCCACCCUCGCGCCCCUCGGACACCUCAGCUUCUUGGAUGUGAGUCACGACUCAGCCCAUGUUUCCUGGGAGGGCGUCUCGAAGCCCGUGCGUCUGUUCAGGAUCAGCUUUGCCUCCAGUGACGGCAGCCAUUCAGGGGAGGUGGAGGCUCCCGGCAACGCCACCUCGGCCACCGUGGGCCCUCUGUCCUCCUCCACUGCGUAUUCUGUCCGCGUCACCUGCCUCUACCCCGGGGGCGGUUCCUCCGUGCUGACCGGCCGCCUGACUACGCGGAAAGUCCCCAGCCCGAGCCAGCUCUCGGUGACAGAGCUCCCUGGGGACGAGGUUCGACUGGAGUGGACGGCCGCAGCGGCUUCCGGCGUCCUUGUGUACCAGAUCAAGUGGACGCCCCUGGGAGACGGGAAGGCCCACGAGAUCUCUGUCCCAGGGCACCGGGACGUGGCAGUCCUGCCUGGCCUACGAAGCCACUUGGAGUAUGAGAUCACCAUCCUGGCCUACUACAGGGAUGGGGCCCGCAGCGACCCAGUGUCCCUCCGCUACACCCCCUCGCACCGGAGCCCGCCCUCUGACCUGGCCCUGGCGUCCAAGUCACCCGACAGCCUGCAAGUCAGCUGGACACCUCCGAGCGGCCACGUCCUCCACUACCGGCUCACCUACCUGCCAGCCUCGGGCUUGGGGCCUGAGAAGUCGAUCUCUGUUCCAGGACUCCGCAAUCACGUGACGCUCCCCAACCUGCUGGCGGCCAGCAAGUACAGGGUCCUGGUCUCCGCGGUCUAUGGAGCGGGGGAGAGCAGGACUGUGUCUGCCAUAGGCCACACGGCAGCCUGCCCCGCCCUCAGCCCAGAUGGCUCCCUCUCAGGCUUUGACCUCAUGGCGGCCUUUGGUCUGGUGGAAAAGGAGUAUGCGUCCAUCCGCGGCAUCGCCAUGGAGCCCUCGGCAUUCGGCCGCGCCAGGACCUUCACACUCUUCAAGGAUGCCCAGCUGACGCGCCGGGCCAGCCCUCAGCAUGCCCUGGGAGCCCCAGCACUGGCACAGAACCCCUCUGAACACUCCCCUCCCAACAAGCUCAGUGACGUCCACCUGGCCGCCCUCCCACCGGAACACACGGUUGUCUUCCUCCUGCGUCUGCUGCCCGAGACACCCCGCGAGACCUUUGCGCUGUGGCAGAUGACGGCCGAGCACUCCCAGCCCGUCCUGGGGGUCUUGCUGGAUGCCGGCAGGAAGUCUCUGACCUACUUCAACCACGACCCCAGGGCCACCUUGCAAGAGGUCACCUUUGACCUGCCCGAAGUGAGGAGGAUAUUCUUUGGAAGCUUCCACAAGGUGCAUGUGGCUGUGGGCCGCUCCAAGGUCAGGCUCUAUGUGGACUGCCGGAAGGUGGCUGAGAGGCCCAUGGGGGAGGCAGGCAGCCCACCUGUUACUGGCUUCGUCAUGCUGGGACGGUUGGCCAAGGCCCGCGGGCCCCGGAGCAGUUCAGCCACGUUCCAGCUCCAGACACUGCAGAUUGUGUGCAAUGACUCCUGGGCGGAGGAAGACAUGUGCUGUGAGCUCCCUGCGUCGAAGGAUGGAGAGACCUGCCCUGCCUUCUCUUCCUCUUGUACCUGUUCCUCGCAGACCCCUGGGCCCCCGGGGCCCCAGGGACCUCCGGGCCUCCCCGGAAGGAACGGAGUCCCGGGAGAACAGGGCUUCCCAGGCCCCAGGGGAGAGCCCGGGCCACCUGGACAGACGGGACCUGAGGGUCCUGGGGGUCAGCAGGGGUCGCCAGGGACCCAGGGCCGAACCGUGCAGGGGCCUGUGGGUCCGCCAGGGGUCAAAGGAGAGAAGGGGGACCACGGAGCCCCGGGCUUGCAGGGCCAUCCUGGUCACCAGGGCCCUCCCGGGAAGGUCGGCCUCCAGGGACCUAAGGGAAUGAGGGGUCUGGAGGGGAGUGCUGGCCUGCCUGGACCUCCGGGCCCGAGGGUAGGUCCUCCUGAGAGGCUCCCCCCAGUUCCUAGGGCCGAACAGGGCUUCCAGGGCACGGUGGGGGCCAGGGGCUCCGGAGGGCAGAGAGGACUCCCGGGGCCUGUGGGGCUCACGGGGCUGCCGGGGCCCAAAGGGGAGCGAGGAGAGAAGGGGGAGCCGCAGUCCCUGGCCACCAUCUACCAGCUCGUGAACCAGGCCUGCGAGUCUGCCAUCCAGACUCACAUGCUGAAGUUCCACCAUGAGAGCGCCAGGCCCCCCAGGCCCAUCUUGCAGGCCCUUGGACACCCCAGCUCUCACGGUGAGGCCUGGCUCCCUGGAAGAGGAGGACGAGACGGCCCCCACCCUGAGGACGGAGGUGAGCCUGGCGCCCUUGGUCAGAGGAGCAGCCCUCGGCUGAAAGGGAGUGAGCCUCCCGGACCCCUGGGUGGAAUGGGACGGCCCCCGUGCUGCCCGGAGUGACCCUGCCCCUCCCUGGACCCUGCAGGAGGAGCCUGGAAAGCGAGUCCCGGGAGGGGCCUGGAGGCAGAAGGUGGGGGUGGGGGGCCUUCCCUCUGUACUGUUUCCAUACUCAGAUAAAGUGCAGUGUGCUCAGCAA